AAAAAAAGUAAGAAAGGAAAACUAGCAGCAUGGCGGCUCCCAAGAAAUACGGGCUUAUUUUGCCAAAGAAGGACAGACCUGCUCUUUCUUCAGCGUGUGUCUUCGGAGAUGACAGCGACGAUGAGCACGACAAGGCAUCUAUCGAAAAAACUAUGCGAAAAGAGUCGAUGCGCAACCUCAAGAAAAUUCAGACACAGCUUACUCUUAAGAAAGCAAUGGAAGAAGACCCGUCAGUAUUCGAAUAUGAUGAAGUGUAUGAUGACUUGAAAAAGAACAAGGAGGAAAAGAAACAAGAAGUCACGAAGGACAGAAAGCCUCGGUACAUUGAACAGCUACUUAAGUCGGCUGAACUGCGCAAGCGAGAAGGCGACCGCAGGACACAGCGAAAGAUCCAGAAGGAUCGUGAAACCGAGGGCGAGGCUUUUGGCGACAAGGAGGCAUACGUCACAUCGGCCUACAAGCGCAAAAUGCAGGAAAUGCAAGAGGAAGAAGAGCGUGAAAUGCGGCGGGAACAAUUGGACCAAAUGAUGGACGUCACAAAACAGAAAGACCUGAGUGGCUUCUACCGCCAUCUGCUAAAGCAAGAAGUCGGGGAGGAGAGAAUUCCACAAAACACUGACAAGCGUGUAGAUUUGCCAGAGAAAGACGAGAAACACGGAAUUUCGGAGAGUGCCGAAGAGCCUUCUCCAGCUGGUCGCUCUUCACCUGAAAACCGCAGAGCAUCGUCAUCGUCUAGCCGGCGUGACAGGGACAGUGCAGACGGCCAGCACAGCACACAGCAAGUUACUAGUGAAAAACGCAGUGAAAACAUAUCCAGGAAAGACAGAAGGGGCUACAGAACAAGGAAGAUCAGCGAUCCUUCCGAGGAUGAGGGCUCUCCACCGCGUGAUGAGCCUUCUGCGAUUGAGGAGAAUGUAGACAGAGACAUAGAUGCUGAUAGCGAUUUCGAGGUCGACUCGGAGGAAUCUUCUGAUGAAGAUGAAAGCCAGGCCGCUUCGCAGAAAGAGAAAGGGAACACUUUGCUGCCAAGCAGUAAACGAGCAAAGGAAGACCAGUCAGAAGCCAGUGACGGGGACGAAGAAGACACGGCCAAGGAACCUGUCAUCGAGAGAGACUGGACUGCCCUCUUCCGUAAGAGGACAGUUGGUGACAAGUUCGAAGCAGCACUUGCACGAUACUUCGAACGGAAAGCAGAAUUGGAUGUCUACAGGGCAGCGCAUGGUAGUGUCCAGUAGCACAAAUCCAGUUUGAAUUUGAGAUUCAGCGGAGUCGGCUGAAGUGCUGUGUGAUGCGUUUUGGAACUGGUGUUAACUUGCCGGCAGCUCUUGAAAACUGGCGCCGAUCGUAUUUCUGCAAGGUUCAGGAAAACAAAAGCAGCAGUGGCUCUCCACGACGAAUUCUCUCAGUAGUGGUGACUCUUCAGUUGUUACUUUUGAAAGCUGCUGUCCUUGCAAGUGAUUACACCCCCAGUGCUUUAGAAGUGCUGGCAGCAGCACUUGUACAGAAAAUAAAUGUGUGCGCUAAUUAUAUGCUGACAUAUUUGAAUAACUGUAUAAAGUUGCUAGUGCCAUCCAAAGUGCAUUCAAGCGUGGUUAUGGACGUGUGCAUUGCGACAAGUCAAAGUAUGCGAAAACAACAACAAAUGUGUGCAAUUUUACUAUAAAAUGUUCUGCUCUCAACUUAAGAAUAAAGUGGAACAUUAUGUUGA